CCCAAAUUUAUGGCGCAUGCUCCUCUCCUCCGUUAUCACUGUCGCCACGGCAACGGUUGCUGUGUGACGCUUAGUUUGAUCUCCAGGAAGAAAAAAUGGACGACAGUCUUCAACUCGGAGAGAGUGGAGCUGUUAAGAAUGUUGCUAAGACGGGUCGCAGAGCUCGACUGACGGCAGAGCAACCUUCAUCUGACGAGGCUCGUCAUGCCAGGAAGUCUUCCUCAUCCACGGGGGAGGGACCCCCUCCGAAGCCGGCCCGUAGGCAGAGCGGCUGGGCCGAGGAGACUUCUGGGCCGGGCUCUGCAAAGUCUGGAAGAAGACCUGCGCUGGAUGAUGUGGAAGACCGCCGCCUGCGACCGCAAACCCCCCAGGGCUCGGAUGAUGAAGGAGAUAUUCCUGUGAUUCCAGACCUUGAUGAAGUUCAGGAGGAAGACCUCACCAUGCAGGUGGCCGCCCCUCCCAGCAUCCAGGUGAACCGGGUGAUGACCUACAGAGAUCUGGACAAUGACCUCAUGAAGUACUCCGCCUUCCAGACACUGGACGGGGAGAUUGACUUGAAGCUCCUCACCAAGGUUUUAGCUCCGGAGCAGGAGGUGAGAGAGGAGGACGUGGGUUGGGACUGGGAUCAUCUGUUUACUGAAGUGUCCUCAGAGCUGCUGACGGAAUGGGAUCAAGGAGAGAAGGAGGACCAGAGCCCACUGCCUGUAGCAUGAGGGGGAGCAGGGCCGGGCUGGGGCAGGGUGGUCUGGGCUGGGCUGGGGCAGGGUGGU